UUCUUUAAAGCGGGGGUGCUCGUUGUGUGAGAAAUGUCACUGAAUAUUAAGAUGGUUAGAAGUGACUAGCAUCUUCUCUGUUGAAUUUAGUGUUUUCCUGUAGUCUCCUAUUUCUUUUGCAGCGCUCUUCUCUUUCGUGUGCCCUGAGGCUUUUGUAACUCUGCCUUGGAACUCGCCUUUGUUAAAAGAAGACGGGCUUUUCUUUGAGAGACAUGCAGUUCUUUGGACGACUUAUGAACACCUUUGGCAAUGUCACCCACUUGUUCUCGAACCCUUAUCGAGUGAAGGAGGUGCCCUUGGCGGAGUAUGCGACUCGGACCCGUCUGAAAUGGGAAGACAGGAUAAUUCUGUAUGACAACACUUCUGCUCACUCCUGGGACUGCCUCUUAAUUAACCCACAGAAUCAAGUGGCUGCUUUCCGGCUUUUUCAGCUAGAUAAUGAAGCAGAUGCAAUCCAACAUUUUGACCUGUAUGUAAAGCAGUUACGCCCGUUCUACGAGAGCUAUCGAGAACCUUUGCCACUGGAGACCUUGCAGCAACUGACCGAUUGUUUUCGCAGCCACCCCACCUGGUCCUUGGCUCAUAUAGCGGUCCAAGUUGGACUCCUCGAGAGCUUUCGGCACAAUCGUAUCCUGAGCUGCAUAAACAGCAAUGACGGUGAGGAUGGCUGCACUCCCUUGCACUUAGCUUGUCAGAAAGGAGACAUUGAGUGUCUGCGGGAGCUGGUGGAGGAAUGCCACGCCCGGGUGGAUCUCACAGACAAAAACGGAGACACUGUAUUCCACUAUGCUAUCCAAGGGAAUAACCCCAAGAUCAUAGAGCUCCUGGGCAGAAGAUCAACAGCUUCUUUGGACCAUCUCAACAACCAAGGCCUAACCCCUAUGCACUUAGCCUGCCAGCUGGGCAAGGAUGAAGCUGUCAUGUCGCUUUUGAAGGUCGAAGCCAAGGGCAGUACCUUGGGACCACUGGGCUUCCCCAUCCACACUGCCAUGAAGUACUCCCAAAAGAGAUGCGCCAAGGCCCUCCUUGAUAUGGAUGUCCAUCAGGUUCAGUACAAGGACCCACGACAUGGAGCAACUCCCCUCCACUGGGCCAAGAAUGCUGAGAUGGCUCAGCUACUUAUAGAGUACGGCUGUGAAGUGAAUACUCCUAGCAUGACAGGGGAGUCAGCGUUGCAUAUUGCUGUUCAGCGGGGGCGCUUUGACUGUGCAAUGGUGCUGUUGACGCACGGGGCUGAGACCAACACAAAAGGGAAGGAUGGCAAUACUCCGUUGCACCUGGCAAUGAAGCAAGACCACCUGGAUAUGAUCAAGGCCCUGGUAGUGUUUGGAGCAGUCGUGGAUGUGCCUAAUGACUUUGGGGAGACUCCAGGGUUGCUGGCAGCCAGGACAAGCAAAGGUGCCAACCGGAAAGUGCUCUUAGACCUGCUGAAAAUUAUAGGGACUGAAUGCUGCCUCCCUCCCGGCACACCCACCCUUCAUUUGGCAGCCACAUCAUCCUCAUCAGUACCAUCUACUUCCACCUUCCUGGAAAGACCACCACCACCCCCAAGGACCGCUAACUCAAACCUAGGAUUCCAGGAUGUCAUCCACAUUUCUGCAGCUCUAAGUACCUUGCUGAAAGCACCAGAUGUGACUGACUCUGCCGCUGAGAAGAAGAGGACACAAGACUGUCUCUUGAGCCUGGACGGCGGGGGUGUCCGGGGCCUGGUGCUAAUCCAGUUUCUCAUUGCAAUAGAGAAAAUUGCAGGGAAACCCAUUCGAGAGCUCUUUGAUUGGAUAGCUGGGACUAGCACAGGGGGAAUUCUGGCGCUGUCUGUUGCACAAGGGAAGCCUAUGGAUUACAUGCGCUGCUUGUAUUUCCGCAUGAAAGAUGAGGUGUUUCGAGGGUCUCGGCCCUACGAAUCGGAACCCCUUGAGGAAUUCCUGAAGAAGGAGUUUGGAGAAUACACCAAAAUGACAGAUUUCAAGAAACCCAGGGUCAUGUUGACAGCCACUCUGUGUGACCGGCAACCUGCCGAGCUCCACCUCUUUCGGAAUUAUAAUCCACCAGAGGCUAAAGCCAAGUCCCGCUACAAGACAACAGCCUCAUUCCCGGAACUGACCAAACCAGAAGAUCAGGUGAUGUGGCAGGCUGCUCGCUCCAGUGGAGCUGCUCCAACAUAUUUUCGACCUAUUGGGCGGUUUCUGGAUGGAGGAUUGCUAGCUAACAACCCCACUUUGGCUGCCCUGACGGAGAUCAAUGACUACAACCAGUCUUUAAUCCUAAAGGGUAAAGCUUAUGAGGUGAAGAAGCUAAGCGUGGUAGUCUCCCUUGGAACAGGAAGGGCCCCUCAGGUUCCUGUGAGCUCCGUGGAUGUUUUUCGCCCCUCCAACCCUUGGGAACUGGCAAGGACUGUCUACGGGGCCAAGGAGCUGGGCAAGUUGGUGGUGGAUUGUUGCACUGAUUCAGAUGGCCCAGUGGUGGAUCAUUCAAAAGCCUGGUGUGAGAUGAUAGGGGCCCGUUAUUUCAGGUUGAACCCCCAGUUAGAAAAUGAUGUCAUGCUGGAUGAGGUGAGUGAUACCAUCCUGGUGAACCUGCUGUGGGAAACUCAGCUCUACAUUUACCAGCACUGGAAUGAAAUCAAGCAGUUAGUAGAUCACUUCCUAGUUCCCUGACGUUUUUUGAGACUUGGGGGUGCCAACCAGAAGUAGCCGAUUCUGCUGGCCUGUGCCGUCGCCCUCCUCCGCACCACCAGGAAAUGAACUUGAAGAAUUUGAUGACUGCACUGACUGAAACGUUUUGUAGUUCCUGUCAUCCAUGUGUGGCAGGGGCUGCUCUCUUCCUGCAUGCCAGACUGCAGUAUAACUGUAGCUGAGCGUACAACUGUAAGGUGUUUCUUGUAUUUCACUUUGCUUUCAUGAUAAAAGGGCAUGUGACUGAUCAGAGACAGAUCACCUGCCCCAACCUGGCUCACAAAGGGUAUUGUCUGACAUUCUGGGUUUUAUCUAUUCCCUCUUUCUGUCAACAAUUAUAUGAAAUAGGUUAAGGCAUCUCUCCACAUGUGUCCAUUGGAUUUUGAAGUUCUGCUGUGAAGAAAGUAGAGCUGUUAUCCCACAGGAUCGGUGAGGAGAGACAGCCAACCACCUGCAAUAUGUUUACAACUAAAACAUUUCAAUUGUCCCUCUUGGUAUUGGCAAGGUUGGGUUCCUUUAGUACAAUGGUGUCCAACUCUGGCACUUCAUAUGUUCAUAAACUACAAUUCCCAUCAGCCCCUGCUGGCAUGGUAUCAGCCAGCAGGGGCUGAUGGGAAUUGUAGUCCAUGAACAUAUGAAGCGCCUGAGUUGGACACCUCUGCUUUAGUCGCUAGCAGUUGGAAGCUCUCCCUUUAUCAUACCCUGUUAUGCCAGUUUUUGUCUCCUCCCAUUUCCUGAAAGGGACUACAUGGAACUUGGAAAGUAUUUGCUCACUGGCAGAGGUGGAAAAAUCUGUCACUGGUUCCCCCUACAUGGAGAGGCUUCCUACUAAGAAUGAACCACGUAGAUGCGAUUAAAGUGCAAAAAUUAUCACAUUAUUGAGAGAAUCUCCUACUGGCAAACAUUUUCUGUGUGGCAAAUGGUCAGACUUGCAUUUCAGUGUCUUUUCCCCACUGCAUUGUGGUACAUUUGUUCCUUUUUAGACUGAUUCCUUCCCCCUUCCCCAUGUGACUUUUCCCCCCACUCGCAGUGACAAGAAUUUAACUGUUUAAUUGCUUUAAUUUAAUUUAAUUGCUAUCAUUUUUUGUGUGCUGUUUCAGUUUAUAUGCAUUUUGACUUAUUUAAUAGAAUUUAUUGAAUUCAAAAAAAUAUCCUGAUGAAUGUGAAAUCCAGCAGGUGACCUUUUUCCAUAUUACUUUUGUAAGCAUCACCUAAGUUCACUUUCCUGGUAUUGUGACCCCAGAUACGUCCACAAAACUGACACAAUAUUAAAUAAAUUGAAGUUUACAUGAAA